AUGAUCCGGUCCUCCGACUUGCGGUUUGAUUUAUUAUCUGCGCUAGUGGAGCGGUGGCAUCCGGAGACCCAUACUUUCCAUUUUCCGUGCGGGGAGUGCACGGUGACCUUGGAGGAUGUUGCAGUGCAGCUUGGGCUCCCAAUUGACGGGAGUCCCGUAACGGGAGUAUCUUCAUUCAUCGAUCCGGCUGCAGUUUGCUAUCAACUCCUAGGAGAGUCACCAGAGGAUGGUGAUAAAUAUUUUUCCGGCAUAAAAUUUACAUGGCUAAAAGCCAAAAUAUGUGGAUUAUCAGCGACUGCCACUGAAGGUGAGUUGAUGUACGCUGCUCAAGUGUCGUAUAGCUGGGGUUCCGCCAUUCUAGCAACGCUGUACCGAGAGCUUUGUCGAGCGACAGAGCCGCAAGUUAAAGACAUCGGCGGAUGCCUCAUACUGCUGCAGUCAUGGGCGCUUUAUCGGAUGCCGUUUUUGGCACGCGUUAGUCAUCAACCCUAUUUGUAUCCACUGCCACUCAGGUGGACGACCCGUCCAGGCAUCGGGAAGUCGAGUGAUGUCCCGAUAUACCGCCUCAGGAUUGAACAGCAUGCCUGGGAAGGGUUUAUAUGGAUGCCAUACCGGAGGCCAGAAAUUACAAAUGCUGUACCCUCGUCCGCACUCGUUGAUUCCCACAUAUGGUGUACUAACACACCAAUUAUAAAUUUCAACGUCGUCGAGUGGUAUCACGGCGAUCGGGUGCUUCGGCAGUUUGGCUGCAUCCAACCUAUCCCGGAUCUGCCGUGCUAG